AUGAAUCGCUCUCCAUCGUAUGAUGGCCGCUCAGGCUCUCGUGGUAGUCACAGCAACAGCAGCGCAUUCAGUCCUAAUGCCAACCCAAACGAGGACUGGACUAAGAUCUCUGAUCUCGCAGAGCGUCGACGCAUUCAAAACCGUAUUGCCCAGCGCAACUAUCGCAAGAAGUUGAAGCGCCGCCUGGAGGACCUUGAGAGACGAGCUGCAACUUCCGCUUCGCCAGAACAAUCACACGCAGAGCCAGUGUCUCCCAAGCCAUCACCAAAGACACGAACCAAGCAGCGAUCGUCCAAGUCUACAGAUGUCAAGUCUCACUCUCCGUCAGACCGAGCUUCCUCGUACGAAUACUAUUCCCCCGAGGACCGUGGAACCAUGUUCGCCCAGCAAUGCACUCGCCAGCUCUCUGCCUCACCCCCACCAGUUUUCUCCUACCCACCCAUGUCACCAUAUGACACCUACCGACAGUCCGCAUACACUCAGUCCCCCAUCUACCACGCAGCACCGAGCAGCUACAGCGAAAUCGCAUACCAGACCGAAUAUGGCGAGCCCGUUCCCUCUCUGGUCCCCGUGCUCCCAUCGAUGCAAGCCCGCAAACUCGCCUACGACGAAGAUCUGAUCAGUCCCUUCAGCAUGAGCUAUGCAACAAUGGCUGGAAUCGACCUGUGCCAACAGCAAGCCCAGGCUCAUACCCAACAUCAGCCUUCUGCGCUUCCGAUGCCAGCGCUUGCAUAUUACGAGGACCAGCGAGCACCUUCAACGUCACCAGAGGCAUCUAUUUUCACAUUCCCGCUCACGCCGGAAUCUGCCCCAUGCUCACCUCGCUCAAUGCAUGGUCUGUAUGAGUACGAUCUACGGCCGUAA